AUGGUGAACAUUACCGUAAAUAAUCAAUUUGGCGACUGCCAGCCAGCGACGCUGUCUCUGACGAACAUCUCCGAUGACAUCACGCUGUCUAGCAUCUGCAUCCUUAUCGACAACCAGUUCAAGUGCCUGAAAAACGAGUACACCGACGAGCGUGACCCGUGCGAGAAGUUCGUCCUUUACUCCGGUAACAAGGCGCUGGACAACCAGUGCCAGUUGCGCGAGUACAACCCUGUGGGUCUUCCGGAGAUAACGUUCUACCUGUACGAGCGCAGCUACCUGACGGUCACCGUGAGGGUUGUGAAGCACGUGGAGUGCUGCGGCCUGUUCUGCAGCCCCCUGCUCAGCAACAUCUUCGCGCAAAAGUACUCGUUCAAGCUUCUAGACCAGGAGACCGUGCUCGAGCUGAAGCACAACGUGCUCCAGAAGUUGGGCUCGUACGUGAACAACCGCGGUGACUGCCUCACCCUGGAGGACUUGCGUUUGGUGAACAAGAAGGCGGUCGUCGAAGACAACUUGAUGGUGCUGAGGGACCUCAACAACGGCAAGGACGCUGCGCUGCUGCUGUUGGUGCCGAUGGGGUACCGCAGCAGGCCCGUGGUCCGCGCCGCUCCCGCCCCUGCGCCCGUGGAGGAGGAGGAGGUCGCGAAGGCUACCCAGCCCGCCGAAAGGACGCCCACCCCCAGGUGCGUGGCCCCCGUCCCUGAACCGGAAGAAACGGAGAGCAAGCAAGAAGAAUAA